AUGGACCAUAGAGUGGGUACGCUCCAACGUUGGAAUGGCUUUGCACAAAAGGAGAUCGUCUCCAAUGCUUCAUGGGCAAAACUUGACGCGGCCCUUGAGGAGGCGGAGGCAAACGAAAGGGCAGGACAGGCAGAGCAAACAAGAGUAAGACAGGAGGAGGAAGAAAGACGAAGGCGGGAAGAACCAGAAGGGAUAAGGCGGGAAGAAGAGGACUCGAGGGCAAGGCUGGAAGAGGAGCAAGAGAGGGCAAUACGCGAAGAGGCAAAGGUAAUGCGGGAAGAAGAAAGGGCAAUACGCGAAGAGGCAAAGGUAAUGCGGGAAGAAUAA